AUGCCUACCCCCUCGUCCAAGAGACCGAAUCAUUUGGUCGUCAAGGGAAAGAAGAAAAAGUCCAUCGCUUGCCGAAGAUGUCAUAUGCACAAGAUCAAAUGUUCCGGCGAACAACCGUGCACCAAGUGCCGGAAUGCUGGAUGCGCUGCCGAAUGCACCUAUGUUAAUCGGGAUCGUCAGAUUAAGGUCCACGAGAGUUAUCUUGAACAAUUAGCCGCCGAGAAUGAGCGUCUGCGUGAGCAACUUUCACAGUCACCGGCAAAUCUAAAUGGCCAUGUUUCGGAUGGUGACGCAGCCGUACAGAACCCUAUGAUCGGUGAACGAGGGUGGUUUCAGCCUUAUGACCCGUCUGCUCCACCAGUUCAUAUCGGAGAAGCAGCUUGCACUGCCUUUGCAACUCGCUUGCGUCAAGUCCUCACCAAGAGCAAGGCGUCUCAUAUGCACAGAACACAAUAUACCCCCGAAGCAACGCUGUACAGAAUUCGAGAUCCAACAUUGGAAUGGCCGAGUCUACCAAAUGCACGCUUGUUAAUUCAAAUAGUCGUCAAUCAGGUCAGUCGUGUGUAUCACCUAUUUCUGAGGAAGUCGACAAUUCAGGAGUUGGAAGAUGUCUAUCGGAAAGGAAGUUUCGAUGAUCCGAUACUGAAGACAAAAUUUUUUGCGCUAUUCGCCUUGGGUGAAGUCUAUUCCGCACGUUCAAGUUCCAAGCUAGACUGCAGAAUUCCAGGUGUGUCAUAUUAUGUCAAUGCGAUGACUCUGAUUCCCAUACUCCCCGAAAGGCCAAGUAUGACCGUCAUCGAGUCUUUACUCAUUUUGUCUUUAUACUCCUACUUCCUCAACCGACGCCACUCGGCAUUCAUCCUCGUCGGUAAUGCAAUGCGUCUUGGUUUGACUUUAGGAUUGAAUCAUGAUAUUCCCGAAUGCAACUGCCCAGAUCCUGUCGAGCGCCAACACCGAAUUCGUCUUUGGUGGGCAAUCUAUGUCUUUGAUCGAAUGUAUGGAUCAAAAACAGGCUGGCCGAUUCAAAUCGCCGACGAUGACAUCCAUGUCGAAAUGCCGUCCGAAAUGGCCUGUGAUCCACACGAGGAGCAAUUCUCUGAUACUAAAUUUCUACUCGCCAGUAUCCAACUGGCUCGUAUCACAGGCCAGGUCAUCGAGAAGGUCUAUGGCCGAAAGAAGCAGCCAGACUCAUUUUUGCAGCGAGAGCAAAAGCUGCUCAUCUCAUUGAAAGAAUGGUCGCAAAACCUUCCUCCUCAUCUUCGACUCAACCGAAGCAGCCAUGCCGCGAAGAAUGUAGUAUCGUUGCAUCUUCAAUUUAAUCAGUGCAUCAUGUUGGCGACUCGGCCUAUUUUGCUUUUCACGCUGAUCCAAUCGAGAAAAGACCCAGUACAAGAUUCAAAUGAAUCUGCAAACCCCAAAGAACAAGCCCUCAAGACACUGGGUGACGCAUGCAUUCACGCUGCAAGACAUACACACUCGCUGAUCGUGGAGGAGUGGGCAAACGGCUCCCUUCCAAUCUACGGCUACUUCUACGCACACUACCUUUUCUCUUGCGCACUGAUUAUGGUCAUAUCGAGCCAAAUCAACUCAGAUAAUGAUGGCGACUUCGCCUUGUUCGAAACUGCUUAUGAGAUUCUGCGCAUGAUGCGCGACCACGGAAACCUUGCUGCGACAGAGUUCUAUGACAAUCUAGAAAGCGUGCGAGGGUGUCUGGAUGAGACUCAGGGGCCCACAGCCCGGCACAUAUCCUCAAGUGCUCACCUUCCCAGACAAGGUAAUUCUGGUCCGCUUUCAUUUUUACCUGACCCGGCGCAGCGACCCAGUGAUCCCUCUGUGUCUGACAAUCCAAUUUUGCAUGAUGGUACGGUGCCGGGGAGUCUCACAGACGACAUGAUAUUUUUGGAUCAAAGUAUGGAGGACUUUUUGGCUCAGCCGGAUGUUGAUUUUGGGCCUUUGGAUCCUUCGGGGCUACCUGUUAAUGUUGCGGAUGCGGUGUAUUCGUGGCCGAAUUUCUCGCUUUGGACGGCGUAG